AUGUCAGACUCUGGGAAAGGCUCCUUCUUCAGCUGUAACACGUCAUGCGUUGAUUAUAGCAAACACAUUUCUUGGCGUAUUUAUAGAUAUACAUUUGAAAUCCACAAGGCUUGUUAUCCUCUCAAAGAAUGGGUAGUGGAAAACGAUAAACAGGAAUUAAAUUGUUUGCCCCUAGGCUCCUUCCAUCCCGACAGCCUGAGGCACAAGUUUAAUUUUAUUGCUGAUGUGGUGGAGAAGAUUGCUCCAGCUGUUGUGCACCUUGAGCUCUUUCGCAGGGUGUCCUACGCAAGCCAGGAUGUUCUUGUGUCCAGUGGCUCUGGAUUCAUCGUGUCAGAGGAAGGACUGAUUGUCACCAAUGCCCACGUCCUCACCGAUAAGCAGAGAGUCAGAGUGGAGCUCAAGAGUGGGGAGCAGUACGAAGCUAAAAUCAAAGAUGUCGACCACAAGUUGGACAUAGCCCUGAUCAAAAUCUAUCCCAACACUGCUCUCCCUGUGCUCCUGCUGGGAAGCUCCUCUGACCUCCGGCCUGGGGAGUUUGUGGUGGCGCUGGGCAGCCCCUUCUCCUUACAGAACACCGUGACGGCAGGAAUUGUCAGCACCACGCAGAGAGGCAGCGAGGAGCUUGGCCUGAAGGACUCGGACAUGGCGUACAUCCAAACAGACGCCAUCAUCAAUUAUGGAAAUUCAGGGGGGCCCUUGGUGAACUUGGACGGUGAAGUGGUUGGCAUAAAUACGCUGAAGGUAACGGCUGGCAUCUCCUUCGCAAUCCCCUCUGACCGAAUCCGUCAGUUCCUAGAAGAAUCUCACGAGCGGCAGGCAAAAGGGAUGAUUCGACCCAAGAAGAAAUACAUGGGAUUCCGAAUGCUUCCCCUCACGUUUAAUCUCAUCCGGGAACUGAAAAUCAAUUAUAAAGAUUUCCCAGACCUGAACUCCGGAGUCUAUGUUUUUGAAGUGAUUCAGGGAACUGCUGCUGCAAGCUCUGGCAUGAGAGAUGGUGAUGUGAUUAUCAGCAUUAAUGGAAAAACAGUCAGCUCGACAGAGGAUGUAAGUGAAGCUGUUAAAAACAAUGACGUUCUUUCAAUUGUGGUUCGUCGAGGAAAUGAAGAUGUGAUCUUGAAUGUAAUUCCAGAUGAAAUUGAUUAAAGGAUGACUUCCAUCAGAAAUAGUUUCAUUAAAGUCAGACUUGCACUAUGUAGCUUAAGACAAAGUUUAUGCUCUAUGGG